AGAACCAACUUUGUCUGGACAAAGGACCAUGACAUCUUGUUUUGUAGAGAGCUUUUGGUUACUGAGCCAUAUGCCCACAAAGUUAGAAGUGUUGAAAGAGCAAAAGCCUGGGAGCAGAUUGCCUCCAAGCUCCAAAGUUUAGAGUUACAACUAGAUCCGUACGUGGUCGCUACACACUUCUGACAACCAGAAAAGCAGAGCAGUUAAGAGAGGAGGAGAAAGCUUCAGGGAUAGAAGUUACACCAACAGAAAUUGACUUGUUAUUGGAAGAAAUUUUGGAGAAAGAGAAAGCUGCUAGAGCUGAGAUCGAGUCUGGAGAUACCAAAAAGAGAAAAGCAGAGCAAGACAAGGCAGGUGCUGACAACAUUAGAAGACUGGCAAUGGAAAGGAUGUCUCAGACUAAACCAGGGAAAGUGAUGUGGGAGAAACUU